AGAUUUACUGCUGUGGGCUGCUGAGCACCAGGAAAAGUGACUGCACAGGCCUACCUCCAUCCAUGCUGAACAAUUCUGAAACUCCACAGUCCAGAGGACAGUACAGAAUAAGAAUGAAGGGAAAUAUGUCACUGAUUUGCUGGUACAAUAAAGGGCACUUUCGUUUUCUGACCAACGCCUAUUCUCCGGUUCAACAAGGAGUCAUAAUUAAGAGAAAAAGUGGAGAAAUUCCAUGCCCACUGGCAGUUGAAGCCUUUGCUGCUCACCUUAGCUAUAUCUGCAAAUAUGACGACAAAUACAGCAAGUAUUUCAUUUCUCACAAACCAAACAAGACCUGGCAACAAGUGUUCUGGUUUGCCAUCAGCAUCGCUAUAAAUAACGCCUACAUCCUCUACAAAAUGUCAGAGGCCUACCACGUGACAAGGUACAGCCGCGCACAGUUUGGUGAGAGACUUGUAAAGGAGCUUUUGGGCUUGGAGGACACCUCACCCUCCCAUUGAUGCUUUGUUCUUGGUGGCAUAGGCAGGGACUGGAGGGUAAACAGAAGAUACCACGGCAAAUCAUGGAGCGGCAAAGCAAGGAACUUGUGACGCCACCAGUGCUGUCAUCCAAAAAUGCCAAAUGAUGCCAAAAGAGAUGCAAACUUUGUUCCUAGUAUUGGCGGGAUGUAAAAAUGUCGUGCAGAAAGUGCCACUGGAAAAGCUGACACAAAAUUGCAYAUGUGAAUUGCAAUGGGAAUCUGUACACCCAAACCAGACUUAAACUAACUGUUAUCUCAAUGCUAUUUGUUGAACAGAGCCAUCUUGUAAAGUUCCUCUUGGGCCAUGAGCUUGUCAGAAGCUGGCACAGCUCAGCAGUCCUAGACAGGUACGACAGGAAACUCUACAUCUUCCUUGGAGUUAUUGAAAUCUGGGACAAGCACCGUGAGGCUGCACCAUGGGCUGUGGCUGAGCAUGCCUGCCAUCUGUGAGGUGUCACCGCUCUCCUCCAGUGGGACAAGCGGGGCAGCUCRGCAAAGGAGCACCGCAUCAGGCAURUUGACAAACACAACCUUCACAGGCAGGCAGCCAGCAACUGAGGACCAGUCACAACCUUUUCUUUCUGUUGUUUUUCUUUCCCCUUUGUUUGUAUUGAUGUAACACAAUUUGAUCCCAGUUGGAACACAGGAAAAUUAGGAGAAAGCAAAUACAUYAGUGAAUUUAAAAUGACAAAUACAUUACAUUGGUUUUGUUUUUUAACCAGGAUGAAACAUUUUAUACACAAACAAACAGUGAUUAAUACUGUAAGUAUUAACACUGAGUAAACCAGUAAGUAAUACUGUCUCACAUCUUAACUGCCACGGUCAGUGUACAGGUGAGAAAUCGAAAUAUAUCAACUAUAUUUUUUCUUGAUUUCAACUGUAUCUUAAAUGAUGCUUUACAAGCUAAUGUAAUGGACUGUUAUGGUUUUAAGAACAAUAAUUUCUUAGUUUUUUCUUUGGYAACUGUCAAGACCUUUUUGGUCCACUUUAGAAUUUCAUUCGGCACACAGUUGGCAGGAAAAAAUACRUCGCUAAUAGCCGAGUGUUUCCCAUUAUCACUGUGGGGUGUUCCAUAGGAAUUAUUUUUGGUAGAGUUCAGGGCUUGUCAGAGUAGUUGUAAUUAAGCAGAUUACGUGUUUAGCAAAAUAACAUAGCAUUGUGUCUUACAAAAGGAAAGAAGUCCAGUUGCAAACAACCUUAAACCUUGCUAAAAUAGAGCAAGCCCAAAGAGUGUCUCUGUCCUGAGUGAUUCUGUAGAGGACAACCAUCAUUGUGAGCUGGUGGCUGAGACCAUGUUUUGGUGCUCAUGGAAUCUGAAAGCCACUGGAAUAUCAGAAAACAAUGCCAAGAGAGAGAGGUAUGAUUGAAACAAGGGAAUCAAUACUGAGGUGAAAUACUACCCUGCCCUCUACGCAUUAUUGAUUUCAGUCCACAACUCAAUAACCAAAAACCACUGUAUUCUGAAGGUUAGCAGUGAUGGACACAAACAGAAUGGCAUUAACUUACAGGGCAGAAACCAUGUUGAUCAGAGGACCAGCUGGUUUCAGGCCCCUGACCCUGAAAAAUUUUACUUUACUUCCAAAGACUGACUGGAGUUGAUUCAAGAGGAAUGGAGUGAAUGACUGAUUUAUCAGCGUAGGUCUCACCAGGUUACAUCUAUYUAUCUGGCAAGAGGCAAUAGAGGGUAAGCAACAUGAAUUUGGAACAGAUUUCAUCAUUCUGUGACAUGCAUAUGCAUAACAUGUAAAUAAUAACAGAAGAACAAUACAGCAGGGGUUAGUGAACAAAUGAUUAGCCCAUGGAGUAUCCUUGCACUGACACCUUUCUGUUUCCACCAAAGUCUUGUUUUACAAAGUAGACCUAGAGGCAGAGCUCCCCUGGAUGUGAGGAGAGAAGGGAAUGGCCAACUCCAUGGUGGUUCUGCUUGUGCAACAGCCUGGAGCCAUCCCACUAAUCCUGCUCUGCCUGCCAGCUGAACAAUGAACAGCAGCGGGAUUCCAAAGCAUCCUUUUCAAUUCUCAGUCCACAAGGUCUCCACCCAGGAAACGUGGGAGAACAGACAAAACCUUGUGCACUGAGGCCUCCUAACAACAAAAGAAGGGGGUGUAUUUGUUCUACUUUAGCCCUUGGCAAUGCCAAGCUGCACAGAAACCCAAGGAAGAAUUCAAAAUUUCUUGGCCUGGCAGAGAGCUGAGACCACCCCUCUUCAGACUGUGUGUGUGCUGGUAGCUAGUCAGUCUUGUGAGUAUUCAAAGGGAGACAGCAGCUAGCCUGAAGCAUGAAAAAUAAAUGUUCAGCAAUAUAAACCUACAGUUUUCUUUUUUCAGAAAAUUUCAGAGUGUUCAUAUUGCUCCCUGCUUCAGACAAUGCCACCCUAUAUUGGAUGAGGCAGAAUAGCUACUAGCUCAUUAUAUCCUAGAAAUUUAUAUGGUAGUUUAAACUGGGGCAGUAAGGAAAAGUUUGGCUGGAACUCUGCUGAUGGGACAGCUUAAAUGAACAAUAGCUACUUCCUUGCACUCCCUUGCCAUGAUGGAGUAUUUGCAGGAUACCCAUGCCCCCAGCAGACAUGGGAUGGUUUCCAAGACCACCUUGGAGCCACUUGGAAUUUCUGAGGAGUAGGCACAGCAUUCUCCAGCUAUGUUGUAGACCCCUGGGAUAAAUCUGGAGCCCUUGGCCAAUUGUUACAUAACAAUGUAUGUAUGCUUAAAGGCCUGGAUCUAGGCCAUCCCAUGGAGAAAAUGCCUUUUCUUUUUUAAGUGACAGUAGGCCUGAGGCCUUGGAAUAUUUAAUUUUUCACUAACGUAUGCUGUUAAUUUUGUGGAUUACUUGUGCUCAAAUCAUGAGGUCCUAGCUUUUUGCCUCAGGGACUGGGUCCUGAGUAGUUUUCCCUAGAAUUGGUGUUGAGGGGGGAUUACACAGUGGCUGACUAUUACAGGGAAGAUGCUUUAGUCUCCUUUGUAAAGGAGAAAAAUGAAGACAAAAUUAUAGCUUUGCAAUGAAUUUCAUUUUCUUAGCCUUAACCAUCCCUCAUCAUUUUGAACUGGUGUUGUAAUCAUGCACAAACAUUCCAUAAGUAAGCAAAAAAUAUUUAUAUAUAUUUAUAUGUACAAAAUGCCUGAAUUUUGGCUCUCAAAGCCAACAAGCAAAAGCCACCACAGUGUAGUCUAUAUCUGCAGAUGACUUCCCCCUCAUCUUUUAUCGACUGGAAGUAGAUAGGGUUGGGGAAAGAUAAGAUUUCUCCUUGUUGAAAAAGCAUCUUGCACUUUUUCUGUUACUACAACCAAGGCGAAGUAAUUAAGGAAGAAACAGAAUAAUUUCUAAAAGGCUAAAGUUUGUCAACUGCAUCUCAGCUUGUGUAGGAUUAUUUCCUUCACUGCAAACUGGCUUACUUGGAUUUGUUUCCCCACUUGCUCGUAACAUUAAAACUUCUCCCUAAUUAAAGGGGGGUGAAAAGUUAAUCUCAAAGUAGUGCGAGGAUGCUUGUCAUAGUGUGUGUGUGUGUGUAAUUGUGCAAUAGCUUGUGCAAUUAUAGUUUGGGUUGUUUUGGGAGGUAUUUUGUAGCCUUAAGACAAUCUGGGUAAGAGAUCUGAGAACUCAGCAGUAGGUAAAACGCCGUUGAAAUGCCAACCAGGCAUCACAGAGGAAUGUCUCUAAACUUUUUCAGGAAAAAAAAAAGAAGUUUGACGCUGAAGAAGUGAAGGGAGCACAGCACAGCUCCUUUCUCUCCAGCUGAAUUGAAUUUUCACUGAGAUGUACUUCUGAAAACUGAUAAUUACUUGUUCAUGGUAUGCAAACUUUGUUUCAAAAGAACUGAGACCAUCAGUAAGACAUACUGACCACCUUCUAUGCACAAUACUUUCAGGAAAUGUCUGUCGUGCCACGAUCCAUUCUUGGAAAACAUUUCUUUUCCCAGUGUGUAAGAACAACACUCACUAGAGCUUAGAAGCCACUGGGAAGUGUUUCCACUGUUGUCUCAAUUGAAAAAUGUUUCAAGGGCUUGCAGGAAUUCUGCCACUUUUUACUUCAGCCCAUCUGUACACUUGACCAUGGGGCACAAUUUAAAAAAAACUCUCAUCUCCAUUUGCUAUUUCUAUUCUCUAUACCCAAUCUUUCUAUAUAUAAGUAGUCUAGGAAUUAUAAUUUAUAGAAUGAAGAUUUCUUUUUCUUCAGAUAAUUCCUAGAGAAAAUUCAAUUUAGCAACUCAAAAACAGCAUUCCUCUUUAUCUCCAGCUAUAUGUCUGUGGUCUUUUUUUGUUCUGAAGGUGUUAUUUUCUUUCUAAAACACUCAUUUAGAAGUCUGUCUUGAGCUGGCAUGUAGUGAAAGAAGCCUCCAAUAUCUCAUUUUUCCACACCUUAGUCCCCUUGUGCUAGAGCUUAUUUUUCUGAUGAGUGGAGGAUUAUGCUGCUCUGRUAACUCUGUGCAUCUCUGCUACUUUCCAAGGAAGGAUUGCAAAGUGCUGUAACAACCUCAGCACUCGUGAGACAUCAUUAGCUUAUCAAAGCUUCUCCUUUCUUACCAGACACCAAAGCACCGCGCAUGUAAGGAGGGUGAUGAAACUGUAAAGUGGAGUUUACAGUCMUGCUAACUAAAGCCAUGUUCGUUUUCAGUGAUUUGGUUCUUGUUCAAAAGCACUUCUCCAAACUAGAAAUGAAACUAUGCCAAAUACCAUUUCCUGCUAAUUAAGGGCUGUGUGACUUAGCACAGGUUCCUUCAUAAAGGCUGGCAUGAGUCAAAACCAAGCUGCACUCAAGGUAAGAGAAAAUUUGAUAAAACAUGGGAGUUCAACAAGCCCAGGGGAAUUUAGAGGAGAUAAACGGAAAAUCCGAAGCUCUGCAGUAGUCCAGUAAACAGGGUGAAAUUCAAAUACAUAAUUACUGAGUUGAGAAAAAUCACAGAGGUUUAGAAGGAAUAUGAAGUCUUCCGUCCAUCUCUGUUGUGGAGUUUGCCAUGGCACUUCCUUCAUGCUCAGAUUUAUGUAAGAUUGGUUGGUCGUAAAAUGAGCUCAUCUCAGUUUGGCUGAGAAAAACAUGCAAGUGUCAAAGGCCUGUUUGCAGUUUCACAAAGACAAGGAACUUUAAGAUCAAAACAGGUAUAUAUUUGUCCUGCUGUUAACUAGGAUACUUGCACCAAGAGAUGACAUCAUCUGCUCAAAAGCAAGCCUGUCAUCAGUGCUGCUUGAUAUGUAUUCAUUCUUGUCACAACUCUUCCCAAAUCUGCCUUUGUUUCCAGAAGCAUAAUGAAUUGGAAGCACCCCUGUAUCAUCACCCCACUGCUGGGAAACAGCUGAGAACAGCUGUGCUUUGUACAAAAAGCCUCUCCUUCCCUUCUUUUGAGUGGUGGCUUUGUCUCUCCAGAAAUCUAGCCCUGGAGAAGUUUCCUGCCCUACACUUUCCUUUGCUUCCCUCCUUCYUUGCAUUUAGAACACAUCCAAAGCAUCCUGCAGGUUUUUGGUCAGUCUGGAUGCAUUGACA